GGUGUAAAAAUUGCCCCGCAUACUUUUCGGGGCAAUGUGUACGGGUCUUGUGCCAGCGCUCUUCCUUUUUACGUUGUUAUCAUAGUGCGAGUAGUUGAAUAGACGAAAGCUGCAACAAAAAUGGGCCCAAAGUUUGAUCCCACUGCUAUUACGAUAGUUUACCUUCGUGUUGUUGGUGGAGAAGUUGGAGCGACAUCUUCACUUGCUCCGAAGAUUGGUCCCCUUGGGUUGUCUCCCAAAAAGGUUGGUGAUGAUAUUGCUAAAGCAACUGGAGAUUGGAAAGGAUUAAAAAUAACUGUACAAUUGACAAUCCAGAAUAGGCAAGCUAAAAUCAGUGUUGUUCCAAGUGCUGCUUCAUUAAUCAUUAAAGCAUUGAAAGAACCCCCACGUGAUAGAAAGAAGGUCAAACAUGUUCAACAUAAUGGUAAUGUUACAUUAGACACCAUUUAUGACAUUGCUAGAGAAAUGCGCCCAAGAUCAAUUGCAAGGAAAUUGGAAGGAACUGUAAAAGAAAUUCUUGGUACUGCACAAUCAGUUGGUUGUACUGUUGAUGGUGAAGGACCUCACGAUUUAAUAGAUAAAAUCAACUCUGGUGAAAUUGAAGUUCCUGAAUCCUAAACGUCAUUUUCUGAAAGAAAAAUGAGAAAUUUA